CUGUUUGUGGUGCUGAAUGCACGGCGGCGGCGGCGCUGCCCUGAAGAGGAGGCUCCCAGCACAAAGCUCAGAGCGGGGCAGCGGCAGCGGCGGCGGCAGCAGCUCUACAGUCGAAAGGCUUCACUCACUGGAGUCAGUGCACUCAGUAGUCUGUGGCCGUGGCGGCGGACCGAAACUCAAAGCCCAUCGUCUUUGUCAAUGAGUAAAUUCUGACAGCAAAGCCGGGCUGAAGUCACCGAGAGGAGCGCUUCGUAUGUGUAGUCGGUGUUCGGCGGAGCUCUCAGUGUUUCAGUCCGCCACAGGAAAAGUGUUGAUCCCAAGGACGUUCACUACUAAAAGCUUGAGAAGCGCAAAACGGAGGAAAAACGUGAUGAACGCGAUCAGAGAUUAUUAUCCUCUCCUGCUUGUUUUUGUGGCGGCGGUGACGGACGUGGACGCAAAAGCCUCUGCUUCUGAGGAUGGUCUUUCUAUCACCCCAGGGGGCCCUCCAGAGAACGGUGCCAGCCUGUACCCCACCACCCAGGACACGGGCAGGAGGCUCCCCGUGGUCACCACAGCUCCACCUGUCAAUGUCCCAAACCACUACCCGCUCUACAGGAAUCCUCCCCAACACCAGGUCCCGUUCAGCCCUCAUGGUCAGCAGAGCUACUUUGAAGACAGCAGGUUAUCCAGCUCUCAGCCCACCCGCUCUACCCUGCCAUCCCGGACUCCACUGGAUAGUGAUGAUAAAAGGUCUUCAUAUGAGAGUGCUGAAAGCUCCAACAUGCAAACAACGCUUGUAAUGCAUGCAUUAGCCCCCACUUCUCACUCCAACACUCCUGCUCCAGACACCAGCGCGGUUUUAAAAGAUCCAGAACAUGCUGCCACCAUCCCCUCUGCUGCUACUGCUGCAAGGGAGGAAGAUGAGGAGAGCCCAAAUCAGCCUGGACUGAAGCAGAAUGUGAGGCCCGGCAGUGAUGAAGAGAAGACAACCACCACCAUAAUUACCACCACCGUCAUCACCACCAUGCAGAGUCCAAUUCCCUGCCAGCUGAACCUGACUGGGCCAGAAGGAUACAUAGAGGCUCCACCACAGACCAGCUCAGCUUUUCACUCCACUAUGGACUGUAGCUACAUCAUCACUGUCUAUAUGGGCUAUGGAGUGGAGGUCCAGGUGAUGAAUGUGAAUCUAUCUGAGGGAGACAAGGUGGUGUUUGAAGACGUGGGCCAUGGGGAGAACACCAUGCUGGCCAAUGAGUCCAUUCUAAUGAGGGGAUUGGUGGUACGAAGCCACAGCAAUCAGAUCUCUAUCCACUUCCACAAUCAGAGGUCUCAGACUGGAUCAGUCCUGCUCAGAUACCAAGCCUUUGUCUUGGGCUGUGUCUUCCCCCAGCGACCUCUCUAUGGUGAUGUAUCAGUGAGCAGUCUCCACUCUGGAGGGGAGGCUUUCUUCUCCUGUCUGACCGGCUACCAGCUGCAAGGCCCCAGCAUGCUGACCUGCCGCAAUGCUAGCACCCCCUACUGGAGUGGCAAGGAACCCCACUGCUUAGCUGCCUGUGGCGGUUUAAUCAGGAACAUCACCGUCGGUCGAAUUGUCUCUCCUGGAUUUCCAAGCAACUACAGCAACAACCUGACCUGCCACUGGAUGCUGGAGGCCCCUGAGGGCCAGAGACUACAUAUUCACUUUGAGAAGGUGGCUCUGGCAGAGGAUGAUGAUCGGUUGCUGAUCAAAAAUGGUAACAGCAUAGAUGCAGCUGCUCUGUAUGAUUCAUAUGAGGUAGAGUAUCUGCCCAAUGAAGGUCUUCUCAGCACGUCCAGGCAUCUCUUCAUUGAGCUGACUACAGAUGCUACAGGCACAUCCACUGGCAUUGCCAUCAGGUACCAAGCCUUUGCAGCAGGCCACUGCUACGAACCCUUUGUGAAGUACGGUAACCUGACCAGUAGCGACAACACUUGGGCAGUGGGAACUGUGGUGGAGUUUGCCUGUGACCCUGGCUACACUCUGGAACAGGGAUCUGUUACCAUUGAAUGCAUGGACCCCAACAAUCCCCAGUGGAACGAGACCGAGCCUGCAUGCAGAGCUGUGUGUAGUGGCGAGAUCACAGACUCAGCUGGAGUGGUGCUGUCUCCUAACUGGCCUGAAGCCUACGAUAAAGGCCAGGACUGUAUCUGGGGAAUCCACGUGGAGGAGGACAAGAGAAUCAUGGUGGACAUUCAAGUGUUGAACAUCGGGAAGAAUGACCUGUUGACCUUCUAUGAUGGAGAUGACCUUACAGCUAAAGUCCUGGGUCAGUACGGAGGAUCAAAGUCCCGAUUUAAGCUCUAUACCUCCACUGCAGACGUCACCAUUCAGUUCCAGUCUGACCCUGCCACCAACGUCUACGGCUAUGGGAACGGCUUUAUAGUCCACUUCUUUGAAGUAGCUCGUAAUGACACCUGCCCUGAGCUUCCAGAGAUCUCUAACGGCUGGAAGAGUACAUCUCAUCCUGAGCUGGUUCAGGGCACUGUGGUGACCUACCAGUGUUACCCUGGUUAUCAGGUGGUGGGCGCCGAGCUGCUCAUGUGCCAGUGGGACCUCACUUGGAGCGGCGACCUACCAAGCUGCGAGAGAGUUCUGUCUUGCCCCGACCCUGGAAAGGUGGAACACAGCAGGCGGGUGCUGUCAGGACCCCAUUUCACUGUGGCUUCAACCAUCCAAUACAUCUGCAACAAGGGCUACAUUCUGUCUGGAAACAGCCUGCUCACCUGCUUCAAUCGAGGGUCCUCAGGCCCCAAGUGGAACCAGAAGCUGCCUAAAUGCCUGCCUGAGAUUUUCGAGCCCUGCAGUCACCCAGGAACACCCACCUAUGGGAUCCCCAGCUCCAACAAGCUCCACUUCCAGCCAGGAGAGACCCUCCACUACUCCUGUAAGACUGGCCACCAGCUGCUGGGGGAGCCUGUUCUCCAUUGUGUCCCUGGACACCCAUCACAGUGGAGUGGGCUGCCACCUGUCUGCAAAGCCCACCCAGCAGAGUAUGAUGAGCAUGGAUUAGAUGUGUCUACUGCAGACCUCAGAAUGGAAGGGGCCCAGGUAGCAUUUGCUGUCUUCAUCCCCAUCAUCCUCCUCAUCAUCCUCAUCAUCGGGAUCUACCUCUACUUGUCAAAGGUUCAGAGGAAACCCCUCUCCCUGUCCUCCAGCUUACCAUAUGAAAAUAUCACCGGAGAAUCUACGUUUGACAACUCAGUUUAUGAGACAACGAACAAUGAGGAAACAAGAGAAUACGAGGUUUCGAUCUGAAGACACCAGUGUGUGUGUGUGUGUGUGUGUAUCAGUAUGGACAGAUAAGGGGCCUGCUGGCCUUUUCAACAUCUGUCAGACUCACACCUUUGGUGAUGCCUCCACCCUGUUCUCUGUACACUUAAUAUGACCCUCCCUUUAUUUACCCAACAGAGGACACCUCACUACCCCUGGAAAGGCUGGGCCACCGGAUUAUUUUUCUAGCUCUUCAACAGUAACAGUCCAGCAGCAGUUUGUACAGUUUUUAAUCCUGUGCUCACAUCCUGAGGACUUUCAGCGGCAAGUGUCAUCUCAGAAAGCAGAGGGAAUCAAUGCGAAGCUAGUGCCAUUAAGUGCAUGUAACCACAGAUGUUACAUUGUGUUAUGUAUAUUAUACACUAUACGUCUCCUUCCACCAUUUUAAAAGCAAUGCUUGAAUUUAUGGGAUAUCUAUUAAGAGUAAAAUCUUACAAUUGAAUGUCACAGCAAAACAACUGCAUUUGCUUUUAUCAGAGUAUGCCUAUGCCCAAAAAUGUUGCUCUUUGAACUGAUGCAACUUUCUGAGAUAAGAAAUCAGAAUGUGCCUUAAAUAAAAGGCCCUGGAAAGAAUAGGCUGUCUUUCUCCCUGAGAGUGAGGUGAGAACAUUGAUAUCAUUCUUGUGUCUGUGUGUCAAGUACAGAGGGGGAUGUGGUUAGCCUAGCUUAGCAUAAAGACUGGAAGCAGUGGGGAACAGCUAGCCUGACAAAGUUCAGAUAUAUACCCACAAACACAUCUUAAGUUUCAGUGGGAAAUUAAAUCAGUGGGAUUUGUAAAUUUAGGGAUGUGACUACUACUUGCACAACAAUAGUUUAUCCAUAUAAGCAUUGUUAACUUUAUACAAAUGAGGGCGACACUUGCCUGGAUGCUCCAUAGUGAUUUAGGAAAACUGACAAAGGAAAAAGUAAUAGUGAUGGAAAAAGGAGGUUGAGCCUUUUUAGCAAUGACUAACUGCUUGGUGAAAAAUCAUGUUAACAGCUAAAGUAUGUCAUAGGUUGCUAAUUUAUACACUGUUUGCUAAUGAAGCUACCAGUGUAGGGCUUGUUACUCUAAAAUUGAAACAAUCACUCUAUACUCAUCACUCUUUUCAAAAGAAAUCUCAUUACUUAUUACACCCUGUUAACAGUAAUUCACUGCACUACUUUUUAUUUCACUUUUCAAUUACACCCCAAAUAACUGGUAGCUAAAUUGCAUAAAUUCAGACUUCUCAUGCCUCUGUGUGAAUAUCAGGGUAAUCGCUGGUAAGUAAAGCUAAAGUCAGGUAGGCUGCAAAUUAUUAUUAUGUUUUUUUUUUUUUCAUCUGGGGGUCUUGGGUUGCCUGUAAACGGUAUUUUCUCAUGGAUCUUCCUGAAAAACAGAGAUUCACUCAUGGAGCAACAUUUCAUUCUCCACAUAUCCAACCACAAGUGUCAUUAGUUCUUUGUAGCUGCAUCUAUCCAUGGUUAAAAUCCAGUUUUGGUUGUUGAGUAACUGUAAGGCUAAAGCUGACCUCCAUCGCCAAGGAGGACUCACCUUUGGUGAGUUGUAUUUCCUGGAGCUUCACAUUGUUGUGCUGUCAGUCACAGUAUGUGUUUCAGACUGGAGGUUUGAGGAUGCGUUUUUUGCAGUGAGUUUUAAUGACACUAUCUGCAGCAAUAGUGUUCUUGUCAUUCCACUCGACAAAAUCAAAAUAUUGGGAUUAUUUCCAGCCACAGAAUGUAAGCUUUUCCAUCUUCCAAACUAGCUUGCUGCUUUGAGGCAUCCGUGCACAGCUGCAUGAUUACAAAAAUGAAAGUGAAAGUGAUUGUUUAAUUUCAAGUCAGUUGUGAUGUGAUAACUUAAGUAACGUUGUAACGAGUUGUUUUGUUUGGGGGUAACUGUAAUAUUAUUACUGAAAUUUUAUUAGCAACUAGUUACACUACUCGUUACUGGAAAAAGUAAUAUUAUUACUAGUAAAGCGUUACUGCCCAACUCAUUAGCUUGCUUGCACUGAAAGGCUCACAGCAAUGAGCAAGAAGUGGCAAAGGCAAUGUUGCAUAAUUGGUUUGCUUUCAGUGGAUCUUCACCGUUAUGGUUGGUAGACAUUUAUUUCCACUUUGAACAGAGCCAGAGUAGCUCUCUCCCCUUACUUCCGGUGUUUAAGCUAAGCUAGGCUAAUCAUGUCCUGACUUAAUAGAGCUAUACUUAAAGGUAUACUCUGCAGGAAACAGUAGCGAAGGUGAAAGCCAACCUCAGAUUGGUGUUUUGCCUUGCUAUAUAUGCAUUUUUCCGGCGCUGUGUCUGCAAUGUUCGUAGCUUCCUCUUUGAUGCCUGCUGCUUAUGGUCUGACACCUGGCCACUGCCUUUUUAUAAAGUCCUGACUUCACCUGAGUGCAAAGAAAUGUCCUAAACACAGCAAAAUAAGAAAAUGCAGGCAGAGGGCAGAUAAAUACACCACACACUUCUAAUGUGUCAUAAGUGAUAAUUGACAGAAAUUACUUUUGUAUAGGUAUAUAGAUUUUGGGGGGGAUCCAUAUACCUUGAACACAUUUACAUGAAAUUGGUCUUAAUCUGCCUAUCUCACUCUCAGAAAGAAAGGGAAUAUUUCUCAGUAUUGAACCAUUUCUUUAAAAAGUAGUGUUAACAUAUAAAUUAAGAUUAUACAGUACAGCAUAAUAUCAAUAACCUUUUUCCCAUAAACAACAUCUGAUUUCCAUGGAGAUCAUUCAGGUUUUCAAUUUAUACUUUAGAAUGACAAUACUGAUUUCAUACAUUGAUAUGUAAUGUGCAGAAUCAAAGACUUUUUGAUUUCUUUGGAUUGGGUUUACCAUUAUCUUCGUUACUUUGUCACGUUACAAAUUGAGUUGAAAUGAAGCGAAAAUGUGCACCAAGGUAAGCUUUUUCUUUCAUAUUGCCAUCCCCUGUUUGGAGAUUGGUUCUAAAUUUAGACUAUUACUGUUGUUCAAACAUACAGUAUAAUAAUAUUGUCAUUUAAUAAUAUGUAUCCAUGCAAACUGGUGUGAUGACAAUGAUAAUAAUGAACCUAUUUUUGAUUCAUUGUACAUAAAGUGCUGAUUAAGCUACUUCACAAACAUCUUCAAUAAAAGUUGUUGUUCAGAAAAUAA